UGCUUCUAUACCGUACUACAUACUAGGGUUGGCAGCUGACCCGGGACAAAUAGGUAUUGUCAAUCUACAGUUGCCAUCUCGCUGAGAGGGCCUGACUUACCACCGGGAGUCUGGAAUCUUAUUGGCAAGACUUUGUGGCAGCGGCGCCGCCAUAAGGCCCACGUAGAAGUCGACAAACUUGACUGCAGCAGCAAAGACUCUGUUUUUAAACACGCACAGGUUUCUGACCGUCCGACGAGAUGGAUGAAAUACUACUACCACCCCAUCACCCAGGUGUCGAUAUUAGCACUCAGUGAUGUGCUCGGGCAUGUUUAUUGCGCUUACUAGCCCUGAUGGUGGAGGAGUUCCAACAAUGUACUUGCUCCUGGCAGAUUUUUAUGUUUGGAACUUGGGGCUAAUUGUCUCGUUUUGUAAGAUUAUCAUCCAUUCUAGUGCGCGUGUGAGUGCUUUUGUUGUCGUGGCCGGUGUCAUCCUUAGCAUCUGCGCAGCUUUACAUUGGAUCCCGCAGGGCUCUCUGACGAUGGCCGCGGCGUACCCUACUAAGGCUCGGAAGGGCAUGUUUUAUAUGUAUCAGUUCGGUAAUAUUGAUUCUUGGAGGGGUUGUGGACUCUGCUGUAGCAUUCGGAACCGAUUACAAGAGUACGGUGAAUAUUUUCCUUGAUCAGUAGAAGGUAUACAAAAC